GAUGUGUCGUGUUUAGGCGUGUUAGACCCGCGACCCCUGUGCCGUAGAAGAGGAAAUAAUCCUCUGAUCCUUGACAGCUGCCUUGCUAGAGUCUAAACACUACUUGCCUGGACCCUGAAUGCUGGGUUUACCCUUGAUCAUUUUGGGUCUCUGUUAGCUGGGGCGCGAGUCUUCCAGAAGAAUUCUUUUUGUUCCGUUCCCGUCUUUCAACCUUCUCACCCCGUUCGCUCGUUUGCUCGUUGGUCAGUGGUUAGUGGUUGGUUGUCGUACAUGUCAAAUUUCGGCCGCCAUCACCACUUCCUUUCCCGAGAUAAGAAUAAUAAGAAUAAUCAAAUAAAAGUCGACGGGUUCAACCACCACGCCCGGCUUCCCUCGUCGGUGAUGAAGACUUUGAUACUAGACACGACAUGUCUAUCGUCCAUGCCCGUCUCUCCAUCUCACCCAGCGGCCAUGGUUAUGCAGCCUCAGCGUCUACUCGGAUCGAGACAGACACAGUACCGCUCUCAGUGGAGGGAUCACAUAUUAUUAUAUCGAGUGUGAUACUAAUUGUCCUGACAGCACUAUGGACUUGUAUGCGGAUCUGGUGUGUUAAGCAGAGCGGCCGGGGAUUCGUGAUAGAGGAUGGUCUAAGUAUUGCUGCCGUAAUAUUAUUUUACGGCCUUAUAGCAACCGACUUCGUCAUGGUAUUUUCAGGUGGUUUGGGGUAUCACGUCAACGAGCUACAGGAAUGGCAUUUGGUCCGACUUUUAAAGGCCGUCUAUGCUCAUCAAUUCUUAUAUGUCGCUUCGUUGGGCCUCGUCAAGAUAAGCGUUAUUCUUAUGUUUAUGCGCAUCUUCUUUGCCGGUCGGUGCCAAUUCGCUGCUAUAGCCAUUAUGGCCUUGACUAUCGCCUGGAUGUUUUUGGCUAUACUUGUCGAACUGCUGCUCUGCCACCCGGUCAGGAUGAAUUGGAACCUUCAACCCCCCGAUGGUACAUGCGGGGACCACAAAGCCUCCUUUGCGGCAGUCGGUAUCGUCGAUGUUGUUAAUCAGCUCGCGAUCUUGAUGCUUCCGGUGCCAAUGAUUUUGAGAUUGGAGAUGCAAAUGCGUUACCGAGUCCUUAUCGUCUGCAUUUUCGCCGUUAGCUUCCUUACUCUGAUAUUUGGUGCUAUUCGGCUUUACACAGCUUUACAAAUCGAAUUCAACGAUUUGUCGUACACGGCGGUGCAAACAACGAUAUACGGAGCAGGCGAGGUUGGCAUUGCCAUAAUUAUAUCUAGCUGUCCGCUACUUCGCCCUCUUUUCGACAAGGUUUUCUCAACAAGUACGUCUGGGAACUCGAUAUGGGAUAAGGGGGGCACCGAGGCUUCGAUAUCAUCCCGGAACCGAAAAACGGCGAGAUCGAGCGGGUUUACGCAGAUGAAUGAAUCACAAGAUAACCUCGAGCUGGGAAACAUUGGCGCGCAUCGAAAUAAACGAAACACAAUCGUCACAGCCGGUAGACGACCACCUUCAACCGAUGACGAGGACGAUAGCUCUAUACAUCGGAUAGUGGUGGUGAGCGAGACGAUCGUUAGUAGAGACCAAGGAAAUCUUUGAUUUGUGCUAUUUGGAAAACCCAAUUUCCUUUAUCUCUCUUUUA